AUGUUGUGUGGUUCUCGAUUUGUAUGUGAAUUUAAUAUCCAUGAGCUACAGACUGGACAACUGGUUUGUAGUCGUGAUUACCAAGUAAUCAAAGGCAUCUCGUGGUACCUGUGUGUUCGAAAGAGUGUGAACAAAAAUAACACCGGGGCUUUAGAAGAUGUUAUUCGGAAUAAUGACGAGCUUUUGGGGCUGCCAUUGACCAAACCAAGAAAAGAAAGCCCUGUAGAACCACCAAGAAAGGUUUCAAGGAUUCGAUCAAAACGACGAGUACACUUUGUGGAUGAAUCUACCGACUCUGAUAAUCAAAACCACCACAGCAGAAAUCCAGAGAGAACAAAUCCAAGAAAUGACUAUCAUUUCAACAGCAGAUCGAAUACGACAAGAGAUGAGAAUCCGAACAGCAGUUCCGAAUCAGCUGAUAACUCUCGUGAUGAUCGAGACUCAAUUUCUGAUUUUGAAAACCAAUAUCCGACAAAUGUAGACCGACGUAAUAUGCAGUUGAAGUAUGUCGAAAGUCAAACCAGUUCUGAUUCACAACAGGACUCUGAAAUUAGUCCCCAUUCUUUAAGAGGUUCUCGCUUGCGGACGGAAGACAGGCAAAACGGUCGUGAAAGCAGUUCGGAAACGGAAUCCGAUGAUCCUCGAUACAGACCAAGAAAUUUACAAUCGUCAAGAGGAGGCAUUUCGAAGGGUAGAAGUCGAUCAUCGAGAAACCGUCGGCGAAUAGCAAGAGGAAAUAACUCGACGGAUGAGAAAAAGCAAACUUGUCUGGAUUUUUAUUUGAAAAUGGAAGAAAACCGUAAUGGGAGACUGAAACACUGUACAGCAAACUUUACCUUGGACAUAGUCAAUAAAAACCGUGGAAUGAGAAAGGUCCGGAAAUACAAAUACCAGACGUUCUUUCCAGAUGACGUCAGUGGUUGGGCGAAAGUCAUCACGUGGAAUGACUUGACUAAUCGAGACAACUGCUUUGUUGAUAAAAAUGGUUAUUUUCAAAUACAGGCUGCAGUGAUUGUAAUGAACACCAAAUUGCUUAUUGAAAAUAUUAAACCUGAAAAACUUGAAACUAUUGUUUAA